AUGGCACUGCCACAAGAAUAUUGGAUGGAGCAGACUCUACGUGAAAUUGCUAGUGCGGUUGGCACGCCGCUAGUUCUUGACAAUGCAACACUUAAAAGGCUUUUUGGACACUAUGCUCGUAUACUUGUCGACAUUGACUUCUCCAAAAGGAUCUUUCAUGAAAUUAUUGUGGAAAGGGAAGGAGCUUCUUAUCCUGUAGAAGUUGUUUAUAAACGAAUUCCGGAUUUUUGCUCGCAUUGUCAGACACUUGGACAUGAUGUUACAAACUGUCGUUGGUUGUACCCAAGGAAGGAUGUCAUGUCUAAGGAUAAAGUUGCAAAAAGGAAGACGCAGAUACCAGCCACAAAACCUCACUGGGUGUCUACAAAAGAAAAUCCAUCUGGUAUAGGUUCAUCCAAAGCAUUUGCAGCACCUACUAUCCCUAAUGAGACUCAAAAAUCUAUGUCGGCUGCUGCUAUGCCUACUACUGCGACUCCACCACAACAACAGACAUCACCUGUACCAGUGUUGGAGUUAGUUUCCCCUGAUGAUGUGCAUGAUGACGUGCUUUCGGAACAUGUUAAUUUGGAACCACGGGAGGAGUUGGAGAUUCUUCAUAAUGCACAUGAGACACAUCCAUCCUCGGAUGCCCUUGUUUGUGAGCAUUCUUUGACUGUUGAUUUGGAGGCCUCUGCUUCUGCUAGGGAGAUGUCACCAACUCAACUUAAUAUUGAUGAUGCGCACGAUGACGUGCAAUCUAGCCCCCUUGUUGUCAGAUCCAUCCCGGACGACACUGCCACUUUUUUAGAGAUGGAGCGUAUUGCUCAUAAUUACACGGUUGAGCAUACAGGGACUAAUGAAAAUGGAGACAGAAUUUUGACUGUUUUUGAACCACAUAGCAAUCCGAAUGUUCAACAUGACUUGGAUGCGUGUCCGUGA